AUGGGCCAGGAUUAUUACGCUGUACUCCACAUCACUCACAAUGCAGAGGAUGCCCAGAUCAAGAAGGCGUACCGGAAACUUGCCCUUAAGCACCAUCCAUUGAAGUCCGAUGAGCAAGCCUCAGUGGAGAUAUUCAAGCAAAUAGCAGAGGCCUACGACGUGCUGAGCGACCCCGUGAAGAGAAGCAUCUAUGACAAGUUUGGAGAGGAGGGUCUGAAGGGCGGGAUUCCUCAGGAGUUUGGGUCUGAGACCCCGUGGUCAACUGGUUAUGUCUUCCAUGGCAACGCUGAUAAGGUCUUCCAUGAGUUCUUCGGAGGAAACAACCCCUUUGGUGAGUUUUUUGAUAUAGAAGGAAAAGAGGUGGAUUUGAACUUUGGGGGGCUCCGGGGCCGAGGGGUCAAGAAACAAGACCCCCCAAUACAGAGAGACCUCUACCUUUCCCUGGAGGACUUAUUUUUUGGAUGCACCAAGAAAAUCAAGAUCUCCCGCAGGGUGCUGAACGAGGAUGGGUAUUCCUCCACCAUCAAGGACAAGAUCCUCACAAUUGAGGUGAAGCCUGGUUGGAGGCAAGGCACACGGAUCACCUUUGAGAAGGAAGGUGACCAGGGCCCCAACAUCAUCCCAGCAGACAUCAUCUUCAUCGUGAAGGAGAAGCUACAUCCUCGCUUUCGCAGGGAGAAUGACAACCUCAUUUUUGUGAACUCUAUCCCCUUGGGCAAGGCUCUGACCUGUUGCACUGUGGAGGUGAAGACCCUAGAUGACCGGCUACUCAACAUCCCCAUCAAUGACAUCAUUGAUCCUAAGUACUGCAAGAAGGUGCCAGGUGAGGGGAUGCCAUUGCCCGAGGACCCCACCAAGAAGGGGGACCUCUUCAUCUACUUUGAAAUCCAGUUCCCCACCCGCCUCACCCCCCAGAAGAAGCAGAUGCUGCGCCAGGCAUUGCUGACGUAA